AUGAGAUGGAAGUUUGAGGGGGCAGGGGAGAAAAUGAAAGAUAGCCAGAGCACUUCGCAAAUACACCAAGCUCCCUGGUCUCCAGCACGCUGCAGGGAUGGUGGUGUGGAAGGUCGAGUGCGCUCUAGACGUCAGAGUGCUGGGAGUACCACCAGCGUAGCCAGUACACCCUCUGAUACCAGAGGCCGAAGCCGAGCUAAAGUAGUGUCUCAGUCCCAACCCGGAAGCAGAUCCAGUUCGCCUGGAAAACUUCUUAGUAGCACGUACUCCGGCAUGAGUAGUGGACCACAGAGAGUAUCUGUUGUACCUCAAACAUCUGAAAAACGCAGCAAAAUCCCUCGCAGCCAGGGGUGCAGUAGGGAAGCCAGCCCCAACAGAUUGGGCUUGGAUCGAUAUGGACUUGGACAAGCUGGUCGAUUGCCUCCUACAGUAAAUGCCAUGAGGGUUCUCAACACAAGCACAGAGGUGGAGGCUGCUGUUGCAGAUGCCUUGCUAUUAGGAGACUCCAGGACUAAGAAAAAACCUGUGAGAAGGCGAUAUGAACCAUACGGGAUGUACUCUGAUGAUGAUGCAAACAGUGAUGCAUCUAGCGCUUGUUCAGAGCGGUCAUAUGGCUCCAGAAAUGGAGGCAUUCCACACUACCUGCGCCAAACAGAGGAUGUGGCUGAGGUCUUAAACCACUGUGCUAGUUCAAAUUGGUCUGAGAGAAAAGAAGGACUUGUCGGCCUUCAAAAUCUUUUGAAAAGUCAGAGAACAUUAAGCCGAGUUGAACUGAAGCGGUUAUGUGAGAUCUUCACUCGGAUGUUUGCAGAUCCUCAUAGCAAGAGAGUAUUCAGCAUGUUUUUGGAAACUUUAGUCGAUUUUAUCAUCAUCCACAAGGAGGACCUCCAGGAUUGGCUGUUUGUGCUCCUGACUCAGCUUCUAAAGAAGAUGGGGGCUGAUUUAUUAGGUUCUGUACAGGCCAAGGUUCAGAAGGCACUGGAUGUCACCAGAGAGUCCUUCCCAUUUGACCAGCAAUUCAAUAUUCUUAUGCGUUUUAUUGUGGAUCAAACACAAACGCCUAACCUCAAGGUUAAAGUUGCAAUCUUGAAGUACAUUGAGAGGCUAGCAAGGCAGAUGGACCCAGCCGAUUUUGUUAAUUCCAGUGAGACCCGUCUUGCUGUUUCCCGAAUCAUAACCUGGACAACUGAACCAAAGAGCUCUGAUGUGAGAAAGACUGUGCAUAGUUGGUUGAGUGAUGAGGUGUUGGCCAGGUCCUGUUCGAGUACCUCUGGGCCUGGUGAAAUUGGCCUGGAAGAAAAGUGUAAACAGGCUGCGCAGGUUGUGCUGAUUUCCCUGUUUGAGCUGAACACUCCUGAGUUCACUAUGUUACUUGGUGCCUUGCCAAAAACAUUCCAAGAUGGUGCCACCAAGCUCCUUCACAAUCACUUGAAGAACUCUAGCAACACUAGUGUGAGUUCACCCAGCAACACAAUGGGACGCACACCUUCACGACACUCCAGCAGCCGAACAAGCCCUCUUACAUCUCCAACAAAUUGUUCACAUGGUGGUCUUUCCCCAAGCAUGUUGGACUAUGACACAGAAAACCUUAACUCCGAUGAAAUUUAUAGUUCUCUUCGUGGGGUCACACAAGCCAUCCAGAACUUCAGUUUCCGUAGUCAAGAGGAUUUAAAUGAACCAAUUAAACGCGAUGGGAAGAAAGACUGCGAUGGUGUAUCAAGGGAUGGAGGAAUUGCAUCUCCAUCCUCUGACAUCCGUGGAGGUGGUGAGCCUGUAGAAGGAGGAAGAACUGCGCUUGACAACAAAACAUCUUUACUUAACACUCCAGCACCCCGCUCUUUCUCUGGACCUCGCACUAGAGAAUACAACCCAUAUAAUUAUUCAGAUACGAUCAAUGUGUUUGACAAGACAGCACUCAAAGAAGCUAUGUUUGAUGAUGAUAUGGAACAAUUCCGUGAUGUUCCCAUUGAUCAUUCAGAUUUGGUUGCUGACCUUUUGAAAGAACUUUCCAACCACAAUGAGCGAGUUGAAGAACGGAAGGCAGCACUACUGGAACUUCUAAAAAUAACCAGAGAGGAUACUCUGGGGGUGUGGGAUGAGCACUUCAAGACUAUUCUGCUUUUGCUUCUGGAAACCCUAGGUGACAAAGAUCAUUCCAUUAGAGCAUUAGCCUUAAGAGUUCUACGGGAAAUUCUACGUAAUCAACCGGCAAGGUUUAAAAACUAUGCUGAACUAACAAUAAUGAAAACACUAGAAGCACACAAAGAUUCCCACAAAGAGGUGGUAAGAGCUGCUGAAGAAGCUGCUUCCACAUUGGCAAGUUCCAUCCAUCCUGAACAGUGUAUUAAAGUGCUCUGCCCCAUCAUCCAGACUGCUGACUAUCCCAUCAAUUUAGCUGCCAUUAAAAUGCAAACAAAAGUGACAGAGCGGAUCUCCAAGGAGUCUCUGCAUCAGCUUCUUCCAGAUAUCAUCCCAGGAUUGCUUCAGGGCUAUGACAACACAGAAAGCAGUGUGCGUAAAGCAAGUGUAUUCUGCUUGGUGGCAAUUUAUUCUGUAAUUGGAGAGGAGCUGAAACCUUACCUUGCACAGCUCACAGGAAGUAAGAUGAAAUUACUGAACUUAUACAUAAAAAGAGCCCAGACAACAAACAGCAACAGUAGCUCAUCGUCAGAUGUGUCAAGUCAUAGUUAACGGAUGGCAAUCAUGCUUAUUUAGAUGGAUGAAGCCGUGCCUCUUCAGAGACCUGUCCAGAUUUUGAAAUCCACGUGCCCUUGGAGUGAAAAAUUGCUGCACAUCAGUGUUUGUUCUUAAGUAAUAUAUGCAGUUGCUUAGCUUUAAUCUUACAGCUGUUACUUGAUCAUAAUGUGAUGCCUGUUUAAUAUGUGACCUAGAAUAAAAGAAGGCCUAUAGUGAGUCUUUAACAGUCCAGUGCUGACAUCAAGUUAAGCAGCAAGUGAAGGUUAGGUUACUGUCAUCUUUAAACCUGGAGUAUGUGAAGUACAUACGAGUAUUAUUCCACGUGGUGUAAUUUUAAGUAUUAUACAUAAAAUAUUUGCUGUUAAAUUACACUAGAAAUGACAUUGCUAAACUUUUUCUUAGCAGCUAAUAGUUUAGACAUGUCAAGUUCAUGCUAAGCCAAAUGAUAUCUCACUGGACUGGACUAUUAUUACUGCAGAAGACUGAAGCAACUUUUCACUGCUGCUGCCAGUAUUUAACACUUUAGGUUUUAAAUUGCAUCCAUCUUACAAUUGAAGAUUUGCAUGGCAGCACUAAAAAGGCAUGAUCCUCCUUUUGUGGGAACUGUAACACUGCAGUUUGGUAAGGACUAGUUACUGUGUUAUGGAAUUUCUUUUUUAAAACUAUUGUACUUCUUUCUCACUAUCAGUUCCACUUCUCUUUCCUUCCCCAUCCCUGGAUAAUUGCCACCACCUAUUUGGAAAUGCAGAAGGAAGCUUGUUGUAUAUCCCUGCCUUUGAAAUGGGUGCAUCUAUCCUUGUCUUAGCAAGAACUGAGAAAAGUCAUCUAAUUAAUGCACCCAAGAUAACAUCAGCCCGAAAAUGAAAUCCAGAUCUGUAGUUCUGUUUAUGACGCCUACCCUUCAGAAUUUUGGAAACACCCAUUUAUCUUGCAAUAUUACAUUUUAUGUGACGGAACGUACAAACCACUGAAUUUCUGAAUCUAAUUUAAAUCUAAUAUGGAAUUUAGCAGAUCUAUGUUACCGUUUCUUUAAAUGAAUUGGAGUGAAGUCGGGAAGAAAAGCUGAAAUGAUCAUGCAAAUAUCAUCAUUGCAGUUUAGUUUCCAAUUUGGCUGCCUGAAUUAUGAUCCGCUGAAGGUGAUGAUCUGUCCCAUCGUGAUUUUUACAUUCUGCUGUGGUGGAAACAAUUCCAUGGGAUUGGUAUAAAUCACCUGUCUGCAAUUAUUCUUGUCCCCCAUGUUGUAUGAGUAUGCAAACUGUGCAGUAGUAAUACGUAAUUGCUUAAAAACUUGAAUGUCAACAGCCUUCCCUAUCUGCAUCUUUCUGGUCGCCAUCUUUGGUUAUGAUUGUCCCAUCUUCAUAAAAAUUUGUAUGCUCUGAUGUUGUUUGUUGUUUUUCCAGUCCUGUAUUUUGUGGACUUUGCCACAAGAGAUUUCUUCAUCAGUUGUAUCACACUUUUUGUUAUUUCCCAGAAUUGUUUAUGCCAGUUUUGAAUCAGUUGUGGGAAACUUUUCUUUUCCUCUAUUCAGUCAUGAAUCGUACUUUAAUUUUCCUUUAAUUCAGUAGCUUCUGAAUUCUAACAUUUGAAGAAAGGAUAAUGAUCAAAAGAUUUCCAUUGUUCAAGCUGAAAUGCCUCAAGCAAAAGCCCUUUCUUAAAAGCUCAAGUUGUGCAACAGAGACAGACUUGAGUAGUGCUUGAAAAAAGACAAGUUAUUAAAAUUUCUUGUCUUGCACUCAUGCUGUAUUAUCCUGUACUGUUGAAUGCAAGGGGAAAAGCAUUUCUUAGCAAUUUUCAUGUUCUAUAUGACAGAACUUCUCAAGCUCAGUCAUCUAACAAUGACAAAAUCGACAAAAACCAUUGAGGGAUCGGAACGACCAAGUAUCAUCUUCUGUGGCCAUGUUUGUUUCCGCAUUGUUUUCUAGGUUGACAUCAGGUUUCUUUUAAAGAGAAGAAUAUUUAUCUAGAGCAAAGAACUGCCCACCUGAGGAUGGUGUCUUAAUGGUAAUGUUCAGGAGGUACGGGUCCAAAUUCUACCUCAGCAACUUAAUUCUUUCAUAGGAAGUUUCACUUGCUGGCAGGGCCAAGAUUUGUUGCCUGUCCCUAAUUGCCCUUAAGCUGAAUACUUGGUACACCAUUUCAGAGGUCAGCUAAGAGUGAACCACAUUAAUGUAGACUUGGUGUCACAUGUAGGUCAGACUGGCUAAAGAUGGCACAUUUUCUUCCCGAAGGAUAUUAAUGAGCUAAUUGGGAUUUUUUGAUGAUAGUUGUUGUGGUCACCAUUAUUAGGCUAGCUUUAUAUUCCAAAUGUUAGUAACUGAGGUUAACUUCAAUCAGCUGCUUUUAUACAGUUUGAAUCCAUGUCCCCCUGGGGAGUUAUCCUGGGCCUCUGAAUUACGAGUUGUUGUAUUACUACAAUGCCACCAUCUGAAAUAUAUAAAGCUAGCUGUAGUAAAGAGUGAUCAUCAAAAUAUCAUUGAUUGUCAUAAAAGCCUAUCUUAUUCACUAAUGUCAUUUAGAGAAGGAAAUCUGCCAUCCUUGCCUUGUUUGCCCAAUAAUUGACACCAGAUCUGCAGCAAUAUGGUUGACCCUAAUUGCCCUCUGAAAUGACCUAGCAAGUCGCUCAGUUCAAGUGCAUUUAGGGAGGUUAACAAAUGAUGGUCUUGCCAGCGACACUCCCUUCCCAUGAAAAAUGAUGCUGUGACCACCCCACCAGAUCGUACGCUGGUGUCCUUUCCUUUUUUAACUUGAGGUAAAAAAGGCCAUAGGAAGAUUACUUCCAGGAAAUGAAGUCCAAAGCAUUCCUGUUCCCAAGUAAUGUUUAACCCAUUGGUUAGUUGGCUUUUAAAUUUCUAUCAGAGGAUUGGUCAACAUCCUGUAGAAUACAUGGAAAAAUAAUCAGACAAUCAUGUGAGUAACUAACCAAAACACCUUCUGAUUUGAACUUGCCUUCAAAGUAAUAAUGCAAUUUGGUAGUAGAGCUGUACUCAAAUCUAGGUCUCUGCAUGUGAUCUUUCUAUCUCCUUAAAUUGUAGAUUUGCUUCCUGAAGUGGCAUAAUUGUUAUCACCCUCGCAUUGUAACAUUGUUACUCUCCUCCAUUCCCUGAUUCCCAACUUCUCCAAUGUGUCUAACAUUUUGAUGUAGAUACUUAUUCGGGAGUUUUGGGUAUUAGUGUGAUACUUACCUUAGUAAUUAUAUUUUUUUUAAACAUUUUCAUGUUAUUUUGAGUUUUAAAUAUUCUGUUGACCUUCAUUUUAGUUGAAAUUUCAGCUCCCUCCAAUGUCAAAUAAUUUCUUAAAAUUUUUUCCACUUUACAGUCCAUUCAUUUAUUUGCCCCCUCCCCCACUUAAGUGGAGUCCAUGUGAUUCCCACCAUGCACGCACGAAUGCGCGCACACACACUCACUCACUCUCCCGGAUGCUUUGUUGAGGGAGAGAAAAGCUAAAGUUGGUCACCUGGGGGAGCUGUUGUAGGAUGCAGAUGUUACAUUAGUUUGUUCAGGAUGUUGUCCUUGCAAGUUUCCUUCACAUAUUUUACUCUGUAGUAAGUAGAAGUUAAUUUUGAUUUUUAAAGAAUCUUGAUUCAGCUUACAGGUGGUUGACCCAGGUACUAUCACUUGCCUUUCAUAUGUUUAAUAUGGCGUAAGUGUUAGCAGCAUUAGCUAAGUGCAACAGCAGAAACUCACCAAGUAAACUUGGUAUUCUAAAUAAUUUCUAAAUUUAGGUUGGACUAAAGUUAUCUGGCCCCAAAUUGACUGGUUAUUCCUCUUGUGUACCAACAUUGGAAACCUAUUGGAUAUUUUUAUGUAGAGUGUUCAUCAUGAUCCUUUUUUAAUUUGUUUAUUGUAUUUUAUGUUCGUGUACCAUUUAUAAAAAUGAAAUAAUCCAAAUGUUUUUAGUUAUUUUUCUUGGAAUUAAAGGCAUGGAUGUACUGUUACAUGCCACCAAUUGUUUCAUCUUUUCAUUUUACUUUUGUAAAACAGUUUGAAAUGUGAAUGAACUUUUUUGAACUCUAAGUGAGCUUAGCACUGUGGCUGACAUCUACUCAGAUUCAAAAGUGAUCAGUGCAGUAAAUGCACAGCUGGUGAAAAGAUAUUUCCAUGAUUGUUCUCAACUUUGUGACUUUUAUGCCUUCAAAUUGUGGAGUUUUGUAUUCUAUUCUUUACAAUGCAAUUAAUUUUACAAGACUACUUUAAUUGUAUGGCUGGUGUACAAAAUUAAGAAUACCCUAAUACCCUCUUGCGCACUAGAAAUGUAACAAAACUUCGUAUUGAAUGCAUUCUCCUCCUGGAUUUAUGUGAUAUUUGUUAAAUUCAUGCCUGCACUGUUGGGACCAAAAACCCCAAUUGGAGGAGAAAAUUUGGAGCAAUUAUGCUCCAGGAUUAUUUUUUAUUUUUAAGAUUAGACAACUGUACGUUUAAUGAAUCAUGUUUCAAAAAUGUGGCUUUAAAGAAGGCAUAAAUUGUCCAUUGUGGUGACUGACUGGCAAGACAUGUAGUGCUCAACACUGGCAGAUUUUGAUUUGAAAAUAAAUGCCCUUUAUAGCAAAUGGAUUUAUCAGAUGUAACUCAAAAUCACAACUAUUUUCAGUAUCCAUUUUGUUGAAUAUGGUUUGGCAUGUUAACUUUCAAAAAUACUUAAUAUCUCUGUUUUAAGGUAUAUACGUCAUUGCAAUGUUCAUAAAGCUAUUUUAAGCUGUAUAUACUGUGAUUAAAGGAUAAUUAAGCAA